AUGAGAAACGUGAUUGACGAUUCCCGCAUCGUUUAUUCGGUGGCCACGAUUGUCAAAUGGGCACAGGAACUUUUCACGUCUUUGGUCUAUCUCAAAAAGAUGCGAAUUGCUCAUCGAGAUAUCAAACCAGAAAACAUCUUUGUCGCUAAACACUUUGUGCUGAAAAAUCUUUUUAAAGCAGACGUCUAUGGAGCUGGACUAGUACUUUGGGAGAUUAUCGAAAGAAAACUCUUCAAAAAAGAAGAGUCUAUUCGUUUCUCUGCGGCCACGGAUUGCUUGAAAAUUGAAAAACUUAAUAAUUUGAUUAUUAGGUGUUCUUCUUCGCAAAUUGCGCUCGAGAGACGAAUUGAUGCUGAAAAUGCUUUGAAAGUAGCGAUUUCCUUGGAAAAGUACUUCGCCAAAUACGAAUUUCUACCCGAAAUACAACCGAACCAAACGUGUUUGACGAAACCGAUUGGGCUUGAAAGUUUGGAAGAGCAAAGUUUAUCGACCAUCAAUCCACCAGAUGCCACUUUUGGAAGUGAUCACAAGGAGAACACCGAAGAGAAACCCAAAGAAAUCCCGUUGAUCGUUCCCACUUUUCUUCUCAACAAUGUUCUGCCAAAAAUCAAAAGAACGACUAAUCUACGCAACAUUUCUGUUUCUUGGCCACUGAGAAAGCGAAACUUGACAAGUCCAAAAGCCAAAGUACCGAUUCGUUUGGAAAUCUGCGACAUGCAAUUGUGCAAUGUGAAUGAGUAUAGAGCUGCGUUGGCCAGUGAACUCUUGAAAACUGCUUGUCUUUCCGAUUUCAAUCAAUUCGAGCAACAAAUUCUGAUAAAAAGUGAUAUGGAUUGGAAGGAUGAACAUCAACGAGAGUUUUGUCGACAAAUGAACAUCGCAAUUGAUGAGUUCUGGAAAUACAAAGAGAUUAAA